AUGAAAAUCGCUGUUGAAGGCUGCUGCCAUGGUGAACUUGACAAGAUUUAUGAAACCUUGGAGCACUUGGAAAGAAAAGAAAACAUCAAAGUUGACUUGCUUCUUUGCUGCGGAGACUUUCAGGCCGUUCGGAAUGAGAACGACCUCUGCUGCAUGGCUGUUCCACUGAAGUACCGGCACAUGGAGACGUUCUACAAGUAUUACUCCGGUGAAAAGAAAGCUCCUUUACUUACGAUCUUUAUUGGAGGAAAUCAUGAGGCCUCAAAUCACUUAUGGGAACUUCCUUACGGCGGAUGGGUAGCCCCCAAUAUCUACUACCUGGGGUAUGCUGGAGUUGUGAAUUUUGGUGGCAUCCGAAUUGCAGGUCUUUCCGGUAUAUAUAAGGGCCACGAUUAUAACAAGGGACAUUUUGAGAGGCCACCAUAUAAUAAUUCUACAGUCCGCAGUGCUUAUCAUGUCAGAAGUUUGGAUGUUUUCAAAUUGAAAAUUCUUUCUCAGCCCAUUGAUAUAUUUUUGUCACAUGACUGGCCACUAGGCGUAUAUCACCAUGGAAACGUACAGGAAUUAUACAGGUAUAAAGAAUAUUUAAGGUCAGAAAUUGAGUCAAAUACACUGGGAAGUCCGCCAGCUGGAGAACUUCUCACACUGUUAAGGCCUACGUACUGGUUUGCUGCCCACAUGCACACCAAAUUUCCAGCAUUGGUACCUCAUGAUUCUAAAGAUGGUCGUAAAUUCACAAAGUUCCUUGCAUUAGAUAAGUGCCUCCCAAGACGUGAGUUUUUACAAGUGAUCGAUUUGGGUCCAACAAAAGCUCCUUUACAACUGUGUUAUGAUCCUGAGUGGCUUGCGAUUUCAAAGCUUACAGACCCUCUCAGCAACAUGACUUCACACUUCACUGUCCUUCCAAAUCCUGAACAGCUGUCAAGGUUUACACCUGAUGAAAAAGUAGUGGCAGAAGUCGGAAAAGUGUUUGGCAAUCCACCUAACAUUCCUGAGAAUUUCAAGAUUACUACAGCACCUUUUAAUCCAAGCCACCCAAAGAGAAUUAACAUGGAGCAAGUUCUGCCUGUGAUUAAUCCUCAAACCGAAACCUAUUGUUCUAUGCUUGGAAUCAAGAAUCUUUGUUAUUCUGAGAAGAAAGCUGCUGAAACAUACAAAAAUCCUGAAGAAAUUGAUCUUAGUGAUGAUGAUAAUGUUUGUGCACCUAUUGCUGCAUCAUCCAGAAAUCCCGAUGAAAUUGGAAUUGACAGUGACGAUGAUGUUGAGGAUGAUGAUAACAAGGAUGUUAGUGAAAGUAACAUAGGCAUCAGUGAUACAGCUCAAUCAGGUCAAAUCAAAAGAUCUCAUCUUGAACUUCCAAAGCCUUCAAAUUCUUGUAUACUGGGUACAGAGAAUGCAUUAUUUGCAAGUGAUAGUUCUCACUGUGAUGAUAAGGGAUCUGACAGUGUGAUGACAGAGGAAUUUCCUGAAGAUUGUCCAAAGUUAGAGCCUCAGAAGAAGGUCUUGAAGCUCAAGAGGAGAAAUCAAUCACUUUACACAUCAAAUGACAAUGCAGAAGAUAGUGAUGACUGAAACAAACAACUUUAUUUUGAUUUUUUUAAAAGGAGUGAACUGACUACCGGCAAAUAGUCCAUUUUUGUAUUUAAUAUUACCUCUUAAUAACAAACACCAAAUUAUGAUGCAUUGAUGCAAGGUUACUCUGGACCUGAAGUAAAAUAUUCACAAUUAGUGGCCGGAAGGUUCCAGAAAUUUGAGAAUAAACAAUAGAAAAAGUUGUAAACAGGUCUUUGUCUCACUGGAAUUUGUGAAUAAACCUGUAUGAAUUCACUCCCAGUGGAGCCUAACAUGGUAAAAAGGCAUCUUCAGUACUUUUAAUCUGUUAGUCAUAGGAAACUUCCAGUAAACUGGAUUCUUAAAAUAUGUCUAUGAAAUAACCAGAGAAUAUACUGCAGUAAUACAGUAGUAUAUCAUUCAGUGCUUUCAGGUCGUAGUAGGUUGCAAGUGUAUAGGUAAUAUUCAAGGUUUUUCUUUACCCCUGUACAUACCUCUUCACCAAAACAACACUGCAUUUGUACUUUUUGUCUUUUGCUUCCUUCUACUCAAGUGCUUAAGUUUAACUUUGGCCAGUAGUUAGCACAGUUAACAUUUUAGUUAGUGUCCAAACUGAAGUGUAGCCUGAUUCUCAGAUGUCUGAGGUCUUUUAUAAUAAUGAUAAUAAUAAUGAUCGUUUAUUCAACCUAUUUGCAGCAUAAACUGAAUUACAAGGCGGGUCAUUAAUUACAUACAAAUACCUCGGAAUUAUGACACGCAAAUAUAACUGUUAAUGUUAAGACAUAUCACAUUUCGCUAUUUUAAACGUGAUUCUGGUAUUUGAUGGUGCAAAAAUUUCCAAAUCUGUUAGUUCUUGAGGAGGCAGGCACAGAAACAGAUUCUCCUGUUCUAAGGGCAUACGGUCUUGUGUGCGCAACUCGCGGCACUAAGCUUCGUAGCAGGUCGGAAG